CCGACCCUUGUGAAGCUUCGUUCAAUCACCACUCGAGUGCUGGUCCCGAGGGCACGGUGGUCGUAGGGACGAAUUGUCAAACUGAAUAUUCUGUUUCUAUUACAUUAAACCUAUUUCGAAUAGUAUUUUUGCCUGGUUGUUGUGUAUUUGAUUUUGUUUAUUUUUGUUUUUAUUGUUUUUGUUUGUUUUAGCUUGAUUUGGAGUGUACCCGAAUGUGGAAGCUCGGCUGGUGUAGUUCCUGAAGGGGCUCGAAGAUGAAUAGAACACGAAUAGAUUAACUGUUUACAGCAAGUUGCCAGGAAUUGGAAUAAAAAUUUGGUAGACGAAGGAUAGUCCGCAGGAGAAGACUUGAACUACUGUAGCUGGGCAAUUGACUGGAAAGCCCACAUGGAAGAAGUUCGUCUGGAUGAUGAGACUUGGCAAGGGUUUGCGACUUCUCUCAAGAGAAGUUUUUCGGAGCUUUGAGAUUUUGAGAAGCUGCGAGGGCUGUAUGGCAUGGGAGGAUGGAAUCCAGGCUCAGCCUUCUCGAGUAUGGAACAUCAGGUUUGUGGGUUCCUUGGGUGCUUUGUAAUCACUGACAGCGUUUAUGGGUUCUCGUUUAGUGGCGUGCGCACUUAAGAGGAUUGAACAGCUUCGUCAAAAGUGCGAAGACGUUGAAUGAGUAAUACUGUGAUGUAGCAUCUGACUUCUUUGAUGACAUCCGACACUAUGCCGCAGGUAAUGUCGCAUUUGAGGGGAAUAGUUUUGUGGACUCUGCUGAAGUUGUGAGUAGCCAAAGGCCGAAAUCAGCAGGCGCAGCUGGUGUGAUGGAGCGAUGAGCGAUUGUAAACAAAUUGUCCAGAUUGCAAAACGAUUACCUCUAGGUGUUGUGGAGGGAAGCCUAUUGUUUUGUUGCGGAAAGGAACGGUUUGGUUAAAAGGGCAACAGGACACCAAGUAGCCACCAUUCAUAUCAGCAGAGACGAGCAGAGAAGACCUGUAGUCAUGGCCAAGCCAUACGAAAAGAGUGUGGCCAUGACAGCACCUCAACAGAUGCGGGGAGUCGUCAUAAUUUCACUCCCAGACUCUGAGAGUGGGGGUAAAACAAUGUGCGCCGCAAUGUGGCAAGAAGGACACGAGCAACACCACCAGCAACAGCAAGUUCAAGGUCACCAACAGCAGGAACAACAAACUUUACAAACCCCACCAUUGCCGACACCUCCAGCCGCACAUCCAGCACGAACCCUUUACAAAAGGGGUAGAUUAUUCAAACGCGUGGUGCUGUUCUUCUUACUUUCCUUGGCUGCUCUUUACCUAGCAUACAAAAUUCCAACCCUGUACUACUCAGAGAUGCAACUGGAGGAAGAAAGCGAGGAGAAGGACGUUCAUGUUUAUACUUUGCACCCUAAGUACUCCCCGGCCCUUAUCAAGAUGCGUCUAGUUGGAAGGAAUCUACUGGAGCGCGAUAUGGAGAGGCUUAGCAAGGCUUCUGUUCCUGAAACUGCUCAACGAACUGCUGCCUAUCCAAUUGGAGGAAACAUUUACCCUGAUGGACUGUACUACAUGGCAAUGCGCAUCGGCAAUCCGGCGAAGCUUUACUAUCUGGAUAUGGACACAGGUAGCGACCUCACAUGGCUGCAAUGCGAUGCUCCCUGCAGGAGCUGUGCCGUGGGACCGCACGGGCUAUAUGAUCCCAAGAGAGCUAGGGUAGUCGAUUGCCGGCGUCCAACGUGCGCUCAAGUGCAACGAGGAGGUCAAUUUACAUGCUCUGGAGACGUCCGGCAAUGCGAUUACGAGGUGGAUUAUGUAGAUGGAAGCUCCACAAUGGGAAUCUUGGUGGAAGACACAAUCACCCUUGUUCUCACCAACGGUACUCGAUUCCAAACCAGGGCUGUCAUUGGUUGUGGGUAUGAUCAACAAGGGACGUUAGCAAAAGCACCCGCAGUGACGGAUGGCGUAAUUGGUUUGAGCAGCUCCAAAAUCUCCCUACCCUCGCAGCUAGCCGCGAAAGGCAUUGCAAAUAAUGUCAUAGGCCACUGUCUAGCUGGUGGCAGCAACGGCGGUGGCUAUCUCUUCUUCGGAGAUACAUUAGUACCCGCUCUGGGCAUGACAUGGACCCCGAUGAUCGGAAGGCCUUUGGUGGAAGGCUACCAAGCACGGCUCCGCAGCAUCAAAUAUGGAGGGGAAGUUCUCGAGCUUGAGGGCACGACAGAUGAUGUGGGUGGGGCGAUGUUUGACAGUGGAACUUCUUUCACAUACCUCGUCCCAAAUGCCUACACUGCUGUUCUUUCUGCUGUGGUAAGACAGGCACAGAGGAGCGGCCUUGAGAGGAUAAAAACCGACACCACCUUGCCCUUUUGCUGGCGUGGUCCCUCUCCGUUUGAAUCUGUUGCAGAUGUUAGUGCAUACUUCAAAACGGUGACCCUGGACUUCGGUGGAAGCACCUGGUGGUCAUCAGGCAAGCUGCUUGAGCUCUCCCCAGAGGGCUAUCUCAUUGUCUCCACGCAAGGUAAUGUUUGUCUUGGUGUUCUGGAUGCAAGUGUUGCAAGCCUGGAGGUUACAAACAUCCUUGGAGACAUUUCCAUGCGGGGAUAUCUUGUUGUGUAUGACAACAUGCGAGAACAGAUCGGGUGGGUGAGACGGAACUGCUACAACCGACCCAGAACUGCCACCUCUCAGAUUCUAUCAACUGUGGCGCACCUGUUUGAUUAAGUAGCAAAACCCUGAUUUUGCAACCAAUCUUGCACCCACUCUCUGCUUUCACCAGGCCCACUCCUUUUUUCUCCUGUUAUGAGUUGGUUCCUGCAGGACCUUGUUUGGCUUUUCCUCAGGAUUCAGUUUAGGUUUCCCCACUAUCACAGAUAUAUCUGUAGAAAUGUGGUUUCAUCACAAUUACCGGACUAUGGUAUUUUAGAAGUGGACUGCAGAGUUAGAAGAGCUGGAGAAUGCUUCAGGUCUGAGAGACAAUACAAUCAGUUGCAAGGAUUUGAUGCUUUCACUCUUA